UUUCAAACCUUUCAUUUCAACUCUCCGUCGUCUCCAGAUCUCUCUUGUCGCCGGAACCUUCGACCGGUGUCUUCUUCCCUGCUCCGAAUUCCGAUUAAGCGCAGAGCGACGGCGAAUCUCUGAAGCCCACCGCCGAUGAGUUACAGAAGGGAGCGUGCCUCCAAAACAUCUCUUUUAGAUGGCCUUGAGGAAGGUGGUCUCAGAGCCUCCUCCUCAUACUCCGAUGUAAGUGAUCAGGACAAUGACAAAGCUGUGCAAAGUUUGCAAGACAGAGUUGUUUUUCUAAAGAGAUUAACUGGUGACAUACAUGAAGAGGUGGAGAGCCAUAAUCGUUUGCUUGACAAGAUGGGAAAUGACAUGGAUGCAUCAAGGGGUAUAAUGUCUGGAACAAUGGCUCGGUUUAAAACGGUAUUUGAGAAAAAAUCAAGGCGGCGAAUGUGUGUACUUGUGGGAUAUUUUGUUGCCUUCUUCUUAAUCAUCUACUUUCUCUUCAGGGUUCGCAGAUUAUUUCUUCAUGGUUGAAGCAGCUUCAAACUCCUGUACUUGAAUCUUUUAUUACGUUGUUUUGGGUAUGUAAACGGCUAUAAUCCUAACAUAUAUCGCAAAAUGAAUUGGCCAAUUGGGCAUAUUAGUCAAGUCAUGUUGUCCCGUGUGUCUUGCUGGAAGUGCAUAUGAAAAAUGAUUUCAAAGCCGUUCAGCGGCAGGAAUGUUUUUCAUGUAGUAUAGGUACAACAAAGGAUUGAACAGUAGGUUGUAUCAGGAUGUGAUUUAGUUGUUGCAUUGUGCAAUAUCAUACAGUGAACAUGUGUGUCUUACAAUCUUACUGCAUCUUUUCUAGCUGAAAGAUA